AUGUAUGUUCAUAGGUGUCGUUUCGUUGAAUAUAUGCCAGCAGCUAUUAAUGCUCUUGCAUUUACACCAAGUACUACUAAACCAUUGAUCGCAUGUGGCCGAGCUAAUGGGGAUAUCGAAAUAUGGAACCCACUUAAUUUGCACCUGGAAAAGAGAAUAUUAGGUGAAUUAAAAACUUCUGUGGAAGCAAUUACAUGGGCACAUAAAAUAACUUUAACGGAAGCGGAUAAGAUAACUUAUAAUACACAAGCUAAACAGGAUAAAGCUUUAAAAGAGUUAACCAGUAAACCACCAAGAUUAUUUUCUGCAAGUGCUAACGGGUUGAUAGCGGAAUGGGACACGAUAAAAUUAAGUUGUAAGAAAUUCAUUGAUUCACAUGGGGGAGCAAUUUGGUGUAUGGCUGUUAAUCACGCGAAUACAUUAAUUGCUGUUGGAUGUGAUGAUGGGGGUAUACGGAUAUUUAAGAUUAUCGAUGAUGGACUAUCUUUAAUUCAUAAUUAUGACAGAAAGCAAGCAAAAGUAAUGUCUUUAGCUUGGGAUAUGGAAGACAAACAUAUCGUAUUUGGAACUUCAGAUAGUAAGAUAAUAAAAUGGAAUGUUGAACAAGGACGAGUAAUACAUAGGAUGACUGUAGAAAAAAAAUCACAGAAAGAAACUAUUGUAUGGGCAAUUCAAGUGCUCAAAGAUGGCACUAUAGUAAGUGGCGACUCACUCGGUCACGUAUGUUUUUGGGAAGGAACAUUUGGAACUAUGAAACAAAAGCUUGGAGCUCAUGACGCCGAUGUUUUAUGUCUGGCUUCGAAUCUCAAUGGUACAGCGAUUUAUUCUUCUGGGAUAGAUCGAAAAUGUUUUGUAUAUCGGAUUGUGUCUCAACCAAAAUCAUAUAGUAAAGAUAAUUCAGUACCAAAUGAAAAACAUUGGGUAAAAGUGGGGUAUAGCCGUCAUCAUAUGCAUGAUGUGAAAGCUCUCGCGAUAUGUGAAGGACGAGAUGUAAAUUCUUUAAUUUCUGGUGGUAUUGAUACAACUAUGGUUGUCGCGCCAAUUUUAAAUUUCCCUAAAAAUAAAUAUCAUAGGCUACCUUUUGUUCCAUUGAAACUUAUGAUCAGUAUGUCCAAAUCUAAACAAUUAAUUAUGUUCUAUUGUAAUAAUCAAAUAAAAAUUUGGAGGUUGGGGAAAGCAAAGUUACCGAGGUUGUAUCAAUUCGAACAAAAGGUUCCUCGUUUGGAGUUAGUAGAACCUCAACAAGCUAUUUUAGAAAUAACAUUAAAGAGCAAUCAUCAAUUGAUGAUCGGAUCGAUAUCUGAAAACGGGGAAUGGAUAGCAGUAUCUGACAUUGAACGUAUCAAGUUAUUCAAAGUUCUUGAAGACGCAAGUCAUUUAAGGGUACGUAAAAUAAAAGAUUUUCCACAAAUAACUAUAGACGGACGAAAUGUUGGAGCUAAUUUAUUAGGGUUCACACCAGACGGAAGUAAACUUGUGGUAGCUUUUAUGAAUUCAGAAAUAGUAAUAUUUGGACUUGAUAUUGAAGAAGGGGAUGAAGUUGAUGUCACAGUUUUAGAGCGAUUUGAUGAAUAUUCACAAAAUCCCGACUGUGAACCAUUGACUACCUUGACUAUAAGUGAUGAUGGUAAAUGGUUAGCAACCGGUGACCUUUUGAAUCGGAUUAAUGUGUAUAAUUUGGAAACUCUUGAGCAUCAUAUGACUAUCGAUAAAUUUUCUUCUAUUCACACAUCAUUAACAUUUCAUCCAUUUAAACCGAUACUUGUAAUAACUUUAACGUCAAAUCAAUUUUAUCUUUUUGAUUUGCAAGAAAAGAAAUUAACUGAUUGGUCACAACAAUAUUCAGAAAUGCUUCCACGAGAUUUUCUUAACCUUAAAGAUAAGAUUAUGGGAUGUUCAUUUAAUCCUCCUUCUGAUAGUAUGAUCCUAUGGGGAGCUAAUUAUUUAUGCUUGGUGGAUUUUAAUAAAUGUAAAAUAGAAGAUACCGAAGAAUUAAUAUGUAUUAGAUGUUCAGGAUGGCAAUCUAAACCGAAAUUUUUAAAUAAACCUAUGCAAAUAGAGCAAUCAGAUGAAAGACGACAAGAAGAAGUGGAGAAAAUAGAUGCGAAUACGAUAAAUUUUCAAUUAGUUACUAGAUAUCAAACAUUAAUGUAUUUAAAUUUUAUAGAACAUAAUCAAUUAGUCAUAGUAGAAAGAUCAUUUACUUCUAUUUUAGAGAAUCUACCACCAUCAUUUUAUAAAGCAAAAUAUGGUACAUAA